CCACCCGCAUCCAUCCCGGGCAGUAGUAGUGGGCGAUAGGGUGGUGGGCUGCCCAAGAGGGGGUUACUACGAUUAAGUUAAACUCAUAGUGUGUAAGUUGGCGAUAGGAUGCGCAAAUCGCAGAUCGAUCGGAGGCGGCGGAGAAGGAGAGAGGUUAGCUGUAAGGAGACGAGCCUCGGGGAUGCUGAUGUGGGCGCAUUCAGUGAGCGGAGGUGUGGCUGUGUGAGGGUGUCUUGCUUCAGCAAUUAAGGGCCUGCGAGUGAGCGAAACGAAGAUUUAACCAUCUCGAACACACACACACACACACCUUCGAUCACAAAGCGCAUGCAAGAACGGGGGGGGUGGUGUGCGUUGUGUGUAUACUUUUUUUUUCGCAAAAUGGUUGAGUUUUUUUGGUGUACACAAACACAGAGCCACGUGCACAAGGCCCGGACUGCAUCUGUAUCGGGAUGCAUCCCAGUUAACACCACGGUACAGAUCAGUCAAUUGAUGGUGAAAGGGAGAGAGAGAAAAGAGAGAAAGAGAGAGUAGUAGGAGAGAGAAAGAGAGGCAGGAAGUGAGCAAAAAAAAACAACAACAACCACUAGGAAAACAUGAGUAUAAUCGGGGUUUUUCGUGCAAUCAACAUUAUUUUUCGUCGGUGUUGGAUUAAUUUAGUGUAUAGUUUUGACCGUAGACAGACAGACAGCGGCGACAGCGCAGCAACAACAGCAAAAAAAAGAGCAAAAAAAAGACAAGAAAAAGAAAACCGAAACAGCGCCGCUGUGUUAAUCAUUUACUAAUUAAGCCGAUUUAUUAAGUAAACACGACACAUACGGACACACACGCACACACAUACACACGUACAUGGGAAAGAGUUGUGUGGGUGGCGUGGGUGGUGGGAGGAGGAUUGCGCACGGUGCACAACCAAUUUGUGGCAGGAGAGCAUGCAUCCUUUUGGGAGGUGAAGGUCCAAAGGGGGUGGUUGGGAGUUGGUAACCCGCCGGACCCCCCCCACUAUGGUUGAGUAGAACACAUCCUUUGUAUGAUCAGGAGUGAGAGAAGCGAGAGAGAGAAAGAGUACCUCAAAGCGCAAUUAAACACACACACACACACAUACACGCAAAUGCAUUUAUCUCUUUCUCGCUCUCUCGCUCUCUUUUGCUGUCGGUAAAAGGAUGCUGUUGACACUUGUGUGGGGCGCACACACACACACUCUUGACACAUACACACAUGCACAAACAUGGAGAAAGAGAGAUAGAGAGAGAGAGAGAGAGAGAGAGAGAGAAGGAAGAGGAGGCAGCAUAAAACACGCGUAGCUGUAUAUGGCUCUGUUUGUGUCCGUGUGUGCGUGCGUGUAUAUGUGUGUGUGUGUGUGUGCGUGUGUGUGACUGAACGACGAACACGACGAAUAUCCUAUCUUUUAAGAAGUAAACUAUAUGAUGGAGUACCUUUUUAUCUAGUUUUGUAAGACAAAGCGAACGAUACUAUUUGCUAGGAAACACGAAUAUUAUAACUAUGGCAGAAAAAAAAACAAACAAAAUAACAAGAAACAAACACACCGACACAGAUUGCUAAAAACAUAAAAACAUACCACCACCAGUACCAGCCGCGAAAUGCAAAAAUAUAAUUAAAAAAAAUACACACACACUUAAACCGAAUAUUACAACUAAUAGAUGAAACAACAACUAUCAAAACAGGAAAGGGGGUGGUGGGAGUAAAAGAAUAGGAAAGGCUCACACACACAUAAGCGCGAAAUAGUGGAACGAGAUUGACACCAACUCCGCUUGCGAGAAGCUUUCGAGCAAGGAAUGCUCCUUCGGUCGUUUAAAAGUUAGUUUUUGAACAACUUUUUUUUCUAUAAUUUAUUAUAAAAUUUCCAACAAUAGCACAAUCAACUUUCUCCAUUCCUCUUCUCUAUGCAAUCAGUCUUUCUUUUUGUCGUUGUUUAUUUGUUUGUGCAGGCAUUGCCAAUUCAUGUUGCAUUUAUGUAGAAAGGUAAAAAUGUGAAGAGGAAGACGAAAACAAAGACGAGCGAUACAGUCGAAAGGUAGGACGUAAACGUAAGGAUGGAAAUUGUUCAAGAAGGCGACGAUAGCGUAGUGUGUAUGUGUGUGUGUGUGUGUGUGGGACGAACGAGAA